CUUAUCAGUCAAAGCGAUCCCAGUAUGUGGGGUGAAUAAAUUCAAAGGAUCAUCUCAUAUAUUUUUUGCCAUUGCUUCCAACCAGUUCGACAUAAAACAAUUCUGUUCGAAAAUAUUGUAAAAAUUAUAGUAGAUCCUCCCGUAACAAAUAAUCUUCGGUAUUUCCAUACUCAGACAAGAUUUUGGUUCGAUAAGAUAGAGCCUCUUUACCAGGCAAGAAAAUGAAUUCCUCUGGCAAAACCGGCGGUUGGAGUGCGGCAACGCUUGCAACUCCUCGAGGUCGUGCAAAUACCACCUCUGGGGUGACAGUCCGGGCCAAGUUGGUGACGGAGUCUCUAUCGACGCAGUCGGCGGGAACACGCAAGGCAGUUCACGGCGGAGCGGGCGAUGGAGGCGGCACCGGCGCGGCCCCAAAGCAGCCAGGUCGUCGCCAGGUCAAGAGCAACCCACCACCCUCUCGGUUGGUUCAGUCCACCAUAAGCUCGGCUCUGAGGGCCAGGCAGACGGCCAAGCAGCAGUCGGAUCAAGCUGUCCAGGGAAAGACCCAAACGUCGGCCCCCCCAUCGAAGGGCACUGAUGGUGAGUUCAAGAAACCAACUAAGCAGCGGGUGAUGUCUCAGGCGGCCAAACAAGCGGCACGGGCGCGUCUCUGGCCUACCAGACAGACGGCCGGUGCCAUAGUCUCCAAAGAGCGCAAGGAGAUGCCAGCGACUGGUGUGUCGGAACCCAGGGUUCCGGAGGAGUACGAGAUACUGCUGGCAGCGGAGGAGGCCAAGGCCAAGGAGAAAGAGCUGCUGGAGACGGGCAUCCAGACCAACGAGGCGGAAAUCCUUGACCACCGCCUGCUGCUCGGCUACGUCAACAUGGUGAGCCCGUCGGCGCAGCUGGUCCAGCAGAUCGAUCGGGAGCGCCGCGAGCGAAAGGCUCGGAAUGAUCGUUUGGCGGCGCGUCGUUUCGCUAACCACGAGCAGGGCGAGGAGCUGCAUCUGGAUGAGCUGAGGGAGUUCUCCGACAGGAAUGCCGUCACCAAGCGUUUACCGAAGAAGUUGCCAUCGAUCUCAUACGCCACGUAUGACAACCAGUACCAGAACGUCUUCAAGUCUAUGGACGAGUUCUUCAGCCGCGAGGUGCCCAAGUCGGAGCCGGUGGCCAAUAUCCAGGAGCGCAUUAAACGCAAGGAGCAGGAGCUGCUAAGCCUAUUCGACAACGUUGAGGGGGAAGAGUAAACCAAAAAUCGAUUCGAGACUAAGAAUGUAUUUAAAAUUAUAUGUGGUCAGGAAUGUGUAUUUAUUUGAUGUUAAAUUUUAGAAUCUGCAAUGUGAGAAUAUAAUUAUUUUUUGGGAUUAAAGUAUCUCAUAUCAA